CACUGAAAUGAGUCUGACAAUCUUUUAUCAGCGCUAGAUUUUCCUGUUCGGUGUAAUGUGUCGGUGACGGUUCUAUUUUUAUGUUCAGCGUUCCUUGUUCUACAGUAAUUCGAAAUGCGGUCACCGAAGUGGUGUUUUGGUUAUCUUCAAACGUUAUUCGAAUUUUUUUUAUUGUGCCUCGUUGUGCGGGAAUGGGGAAUGCUGCGAUCACUAGGAUAUGUUGCCGCAAAAUUCCGGGAAAGUAAAGAAAAAUCGACGUAACAAAUGCAUUGAAGUUUAAUGCGAUACUCGAUACAUAUACAGUACUGUGUUUGCAUCUUCGUAAGAAUGUGUCAUCUAUUCAUGUGCAUGGUUGAAAAUUUCGAAGAUUUCUGUAGUAGUGUUGAUUCGUUUUCUCUAAUCCUGAAAUUAAAUCGGCGAUAUUAGCAAGUGAAUGUUUCAUAUUAAAUAGAUUGCGUAUUUGGCAGCAGAAUGCGACGUUUUGUAAUAUCGUAUGGUGCAGUGAAAAAAUGUAGUAAAUCACUUUCCUCGAAUUGUGAACAUGCUCUAUUGAACGAUGAAAAAUCGAAUUUUUUUUUUCUUUAAAUGAAACUGGUAGAAACGUCUUCAUCACGAAUUUUGCGCAAUAUUUUAGCAAAUCUGUUGAGUGAGCAUUUUUAAACAAGAAAUAAUUUUCUCAUUUUCCGUAAAUUUUGUCUUCCUCUCAAUACUUGCGACAUGUCAAUGCCGCUUCUAUUUUUUUGCGCGUGCAAGUUACAAUAAUUAAAUGUUCUGAGACUUACGGUAAUAACGGUUAUUUGAGAUUGAGUAAAAGGUGAAUUACGUUUUUCUAUAUGCCGUACAUCGGAUUUCAAAUACCUUCAACAUGUUACUGUACAUUUUUGUAACUGCAAUGACUUCACUGGUUAUGUUUCGGACGUGAAAAAGAAAAGCAUACAGUACCUUUUUUUAUCUACCCUAUGUUUACAGAUGCCUGUUGAAAGCGCGUCCUCAUUUUGAGUGCAGACACAUUCGUUUGCUCAGCGUAUCUCUCAUGGUGUGUGAAGAGAAAAUCUUUCUUGAGACUUAUUUGCGAUUGAAUGUAACGGAAAAUGCUCAAGAUAAAAACCCCUACCUUUUUUGUCAAAUAUUUUACCGGAUUAAUAACCCCCUGCAGACUAGCGGAAACGUUCAAGCAUUACUUUUACUCCAGUUAUUGUGUGUACUGUACUGUGCAGUAACUCAAUUUCAAGCGAAACAAAUUCGUACUGCCACAGUACUUUAAGGCAGGUAAUGCUGUGAACAGAGACUCGAAAGUCUGCCUGAACGCGAUGAAUAUCGCACAAACGCGAACAGAAGCCGCAAUUCUUUUCAAAUUUUGAGCAACAAAAAUCAGCGAGAAUUUAUUAGUUGGUGACGUCUCACAUUCGCAUGCUAAAUGAUGCUUCAUGGAUGUGCAGUCAUCGAAGGUGAUUUAUUCUGUAUGAUUGAUUACCUGCCUGUGAUCCAUACGAAUCAGAACUGAGUCAUAUGGAUCACGAAGGAAAAUAUAUUUUUUCAAGCGGAAGGUGACUCUGUGCGUGAAGGCAUUUCGUGGAUGUCUGUCAAAAUUCAUCCGAGGUGCGCAUGUUUGAGAUGAGUUUUCGUAGAUCUGCCUAGGAUAUUUGGUUGGAUUCAAUUUAGAUUUUCUUUGUUGCUUCAUUAGUUGGCUAGUUGCUGAGUUCAAGUAUUUCUUGUGAAGUUGUGUUAGUUGGGGCGAGACCUUCCAGCCCAUGAUACGAGUAAUAUUCGUAUUUGGGGCACUUGCCAAGUGGUUCUGAUAUUCACCCAAUUAAAGGUUGCUGCUUGUUGAUUGAAUUUCUUUCGAUAAUUUGAGUUGAACCCAUACGUGAGGUAAAUGCUUCAUUGAAAAAUGAAGCCUCUGAUGGUUGGAUGUGAUGUAAUGUUCGUGAUCAGAGUAUUACAUUAAAUUUCGCUGAACCAGCGGACCAUGUAGCACAAUGCUUGCCUCAGCUCUUCCAACGAGUCAUUGACUCUUCAUUGACCCGAAUCUGCUUUGUCUGUGUAUUGCCUAACUCUCAUUCGACUUUAACAUGAAAUGUGUUUGUUUUGCAGCGCCUGUAGAACGCUUGAGUCUCCCACGCGCAGCUUUUUGUGUCAUUACGAUAAAUUGAGGAGAGUUUUCAACUACUCCUCAGAGCAUUUAUUUUGGUAAAAAAAAAAAACUGCAACCUAAAUUUCAUGAAGUUGUGGAGUUGUUCAAGAUAAGUAACGCAGGUGGACUCACUCCACAAUGGAAUUCAGGGGACCAGUGAAUAUACCCUUCUAGAACUAGAAAAAAUAGUAUUCUGUACAGAGAAAAUUAUUGCAGAGGGGUCUACCUGUGAGCAGUGCCCUGUAAAAGUUGAUGUCCAGUUGUAUGGAACGUUGAAGCAUUCAAGUUCAGAGCACAAAGAGUAAUUUAAUUCUCUGACUUCAAGUACGAUGAAUAAGAAGCUAAGUACUGUGCGGUAGUCUAUUUUAAUGCUUUCAACUCAAGCUAUAGAUGAAGUUAGUUGCCGCAUGAAGUCAGGGAAGGUCAUGCCCAAGUUGAACAGCACUUAUUCGAAAUGUACCUAAGGAGUGUCAUGUGACUACUAUCCUUUAGGGUUUAGUACCACAGUACUGUAUUAGCAAAAAGGCUGAACAGUCUCCAGUCGGACUUGAGACUUGCAACAAGUUCAGGCUAGAAUUUUCAUACGUGUUUCCGAACUGACGAAGUGAUUUAAAUGGUUUUUCGAGUCGUAAGCAGAAUUUUAUUCGGACGGAUUAUGCUCAAUUUUUGUUUCCGGGAAUCAAGUUCGUGAGCGUGUAAGAGAAGAAUUAUCUUAUUCGUCGGGAAUUCCUGGUCUGAUAUGCUGUCAAACAAUGUCUGUAUGACGUAACAAUCAUUCGCUCUACCGCACCUUAUCGCUUUGGUAAUAAAUGUUACGAUGACAAGAGUCGCGGGUUCUUCGCAGCCGCAUAUUCGCACCCAGAUGCUUUCGGUGAUAGCGCUUAUUGCCUCGAAUAGGAAUACAGACGCAAUUAGCAUGUAAGAUAACUUCAGUUUCUAAAUUACGCUAAUUUCAGAAAAAGGAAUACAAGGUGAGGCUGUUGAAGGAGAUGUCCGGACCGUGACAAACGUGGGAAUGGAACAUACAUUGUAUCAACGGCUGGGUUCGGCCAUUUUCUUCGCGCUCUCUUCCUUCUUGCUCGUGGUUGUGAACAAGUGGAUUUUAACCAGCUAUGCGUUUCCGUCGCUGCAAUGUCUGGCAUUAGCACAGAUUAUGAUGACUGUGAUGCUUCUCAGCGGUGCAAAAGCAUUGCGUAUUGUUGAUUAUCCACCGCUGGGAUAUGAAACGUUUCGUAUGAUGAUGCCGCUCCCGGUGAUUUUUGUGUUGAAUCUUCUGACCGGAUUGGGUGGAACCAGUCGGCUGAGUUUGCCGAUGUUCACUGUCCUGCGUCGAUUCAGUAUACUUUUAACGAUGUUGUUCGAAUACGUGAUCCUCAAGAAAGUGGCCUCGCCAAUUAUUCAGUUUUCUGUUUACGUGAUGAUUGGCGGUACCAUGGUUGCCGCGAUGGGAGAUUUGUCGUUCGACUCUUGGGGUUAUUCAUUCGUCUUGCUGAAUGAUCUGUUCACUGCUUCGCAAGGCGUUUUCACAAAGCAGAAGUUGAAUAGUAACUAUUUCGGGAAGUACGGUGUUCUAUACUAUAACGCCUUCUUCACGUUGAUACCGACUGCUCUUUAUGUCUACUUAUCUGGCGAAUUCGACAAGGCACUUUCGUUUGACGGAUGGGAGAACCCGCUUUUCUUCACUUUAUUUUUGUUGUCAUCCGUGAUGGGGUACACCUUGAUGUUUGCGACGAUCCUUUGUACUCAAAUGAAUUCUCCGCUGACCGUCACAGUUGUUGGCUGCAUGAAGAACAUUGUUACCACUUAUGCUGGAAUGUUUAUUGGCGGCGACUACAUUUUCUCAAUUCUGAACUUCAUCGGCCUCAACAUCAGGGUUGCCUCCAGGUCUUCCAAGGCAUUUCCGCCAUUUUCAUCAACAGCCGCCAGAGUGGCCGCCACGUUGGAGGCUGUGAAGGCGGCUACAACAGAAAAGAUCUGCAGGAAGGGCGCCUCAUCUUUUGACGUGGCGGGCAGCAUGUUGUACAGCUAUGUGACCUUCAAGCCGAAGAACACUCCUGAGAAGAUCUCACCUCAUAGAGUUAUUGAGAAGAAGCCGCUUUUAGCGGAAGAGUUGACCGACUUGAGCGAGACAGCACUGCUCAAGAAGAAUUUUUUCAAUCCCGAUAGAAACGAAGAGCCAAAAUAUGGUGGGAAAAAUAGUGGAGCUACACCUGAUGCCUUCGCACUCCACACUGAUCACAAUAAUCGUCUUGAAAAAGGGAACCAUGAACGAUUUCCGUACGAAAUCAACGCGGGUUUGUACCAACGUCAAAUGCUUGAUGAAACGGCCGCUCAUCAACACUCUAUCAGCACCCAGAGAGGAAUGGAUACUUUGCAGGAAUAUACCGUGUUCCAGAAACUGGGGUCUGCUGUGUUUUUUGCGGCAUCGUCUUUCCUGCUUGUGUUCGUGAAUAAGUGGAUUUUAACCAGCUACUCGUUUCCGUCUAUGCAAUGUUUGGCAUAUUCGCAAGCGUUUCUCACAGUUGUAGUGCUUGGCGUUGCGAAAAUUUUCAGAAUAGUGCAUUUCCCGAACCCUCACUGGAAAACUUAUAUGAAGUUAAUGCCAUUGCCCUUGAUAUAUGUCGUCAACGUUUUGGCUGGGCUGUACGGGACAAAGAGACUGAGUUUGCCCAUGUUCACUGUGAUGAGACGCUUCACUAUUCUGAUCACCAUGUUGUUGGAGCUAGUUCUCCUGAAAAAAAUUCCGUCUAUCCCUACGCAGUUAGCAGUGUACAUCAUUGUAGCUGGAGCAGUUGUGGCGGGAUUAGGGGAUUUGGCCUAUGACGGAAUGGGUUAUCUUUUUGUGCUCGUCAACGAUGUCUUCUCAGCAGCGCAGACUGUUCUGAUGAGGAAGAAUCUCGACGGCAAUCAUCUCAAUAAGAACGGCUUGUUGUUUCACAACUGCUUCUUUUCCUUGAUGGUGAUGUCAUACUUCGUACAUUAUACGGGUGACUUGGACCUGGGAAUGUCUUACAAUGGUUGGUCUGACCCAAUGUUCGUGUUGCUGUUCCUUACGUCCUCAUUGAUGGGAUAUGUUCUGAUGCUGUCAGCUGCGCUAUGCACCGAAGUGAAUUCUCCGCUGACUCUGAUGGUUACGGGUUGCAUGAAGAACAUUGUGACCACGUAUGUCGGGAUGUUUGUUGGCGGUGACUAUAAAUUCUCGGUGUUGAACUUUACCGGUUUGAAUCUGAGUGUUGCUGGAAGCAUUGUGUAUAGUUACGUGACUUUCAAGCCUUCGAGACGAUCCACGCCAUUAUUAUUGGAAACGAAAGUUUCAAAUGAGUCGAACGCGACGGGGAAUUCUUGACGAUGAAUGUAAUUUGGGAUGCUACAGCACUUCAGUCGUGGAAAUCUUGGGAGAUGUGUAUGAUUUUGCCGUUGAGGCGACGAAUGGACGAGGGAA